UCUCUCAAGUCUUUCUCACGCCCAAUUACGAUUACCCAUACCCACCUUUCCGUGCACCCUAUCUCAUGCGUCCCAGUGAAAGCCACCAUGUUUUUUUCUUUUUCCCUACAUUCUCGGCGUUUCUCCAUCCAUACCCUCAGCCACUUUUCGCCUCGGAAUAAUUUCACUCGCAACAGCACCUAUCAAAGCAUAGCGAGAGGGUUUUCUCGAUACAGCAUUUGGCAGGCGACAGCGGAACGGAGUAUAUACGGAUUAGUUGCGAAUAGCGAUACGAUCAUGGUUCUACACAGGGGUGGGACUACCUACAUUGUACAUGUCAUGGUCUACAGCUUUGCAGGCGCAAUAGCGUCGAGCGAACGGGAGCCUUGUAGCACGUUGUUAUGUAGUAUAUGUUCGGCCAUUUUCGAUAUUGAAGAAUACUACGUAUGGACCAUGAGACGUGUAACGCAAGUGAACUAUCUUCCCUUUCGUUCUCGUUGGCUCUCAUCGCCAUCACCCCGACUCCAUGUCCCGAUCAUAACUAGGCGACAGGUGGGGUAUUCCAUCGUGUUUCAUUCAAAUCAUUUUCUUUGACUCCUGAGUUCGUGGAUUCGGUAGACAGUAGAUCAUCAGACAUUCAAAUCAGUAGAGCUCACUCUAAGUC